CAGUUUGGGGUCCGUUGGCGUUUGUUGUUGUUUGUUUCUCUCGUCAACAUGCAGGCACCGGUGGCGUGCGUGCUUCUCCUCUGCUUCACGUGCGGUGGACUUUGUACAGACAUUGACCAGGACCAGCGAGCGCUGGAGGAGGAGCUCCUCCGCAGCCUCUUCACUGCUAAGAUGACACAGAAUAAGCAGAGCGCCCCCUACUGGCGCGUGUCGCUGGUCAACCUGUGCAAGAUGGUGAACAGCCUGGGGCAGGAGGCCUGGAGCGACGAGGAGGAGGAGGAGGAGGAGGAGGAGGCGGGCGGCGAGAUGAGGGAGGGGAGGAGCCUCAAGCUGCAAGAGGAGCUGUACAACCUGCACAUCAUCUGCAGAGCGCUGCAGAGCCGGGAGGAGAGGCUACUCCACGCCGCUCCAGAGUACCUCGAGGAGGACGGCGACACCGUCCUGAAGCGAAAGUCCCCGUACAUCCUGAAGAGGCAAGCGGCGGCUCGCACCACCAAGUCCCGGAGGCCGUACAUCUUGAAACGGAGUACGAUCUACUGACGCCGUCCGGAAGAGGAACCGGGGACGACGUACUUCCUGUGAACACGUGAUUGUGGGUUUCUUUUUCUUUUUCUCUCGCUCUUCUUCUUCUUGUAGCCGCCAUGUUUGUUUUUUUCCGUUCCACCGUUCCGGUCAGACCUUUCGAUUGUACGUCCAUCAAUGAGGCCGGCCUGUUGUUCUUGCUGCUGUCAAAGUGUCCCCUGGGGAAAAAAAAAUAAAAAAUCCUGAGCAUCAAGCAAAUUGUGUACUUCUGAGAAGCUAUAUUUAUUUACUCUAUUUCUUCACUGCACUCUUGAAUCUAUCCUUUGUUUUCAA